AUGCCAAAUCCUUUGGAUCCAAUACUAUCUCGACUUUGUUUGAACAACAUUGAUCAAGAAUAUCCGCAACUCUACGCAUUUAGUCAUAUUGGCACCAGUAAGGUUAUCGCCUUAUGCGAACAUAGGAAUGUCGUAACGUCUCCAUCAGAAUUACAUGGUGCAGCAAAUUUCGGAAUUUUUUAG